AUAGCAGCACGUACUGCCCCGAUCGUGUGUGGUGUAAUUUCCUACGCUUCCCGUAGCCAAAUCAGCACUUCCCUGGCGCCGUUUGUGUAGAGAACUCUAUCUUCAUCGAACGCUGUUCCUCCUACAAAGCCACGAGACAAUAACAAUGUCGAGCGGCCAUUGAGAGCAUUUUGCCGUUUCGUGUAUAUAUGUUUGCAGCCGACGUAUGCCUGGGGUUUUUUUAUAAAUAGAAAAAGAAGAGAACUGAGGUUUAUUUAUUUUUUUCUCUCUCUUUCUGGCUACGGUUCCGCGCGAUGAAACCACGCAUGUGUUGAUCUGUGCUGCAGCAACGUGCAUCAAUUCCUCUUUGACCCCAGAGUUAAUCUGCAUUCAGAGAGAAGCUUCAAUGCAUUUUCCUAUCUGCUGGAUUUUAGGGUUUUCUGGGGCCGCUGCGUUUAUGUAAUUUUUUAUUUUGGCAUUUAUUUCUUAAGAUUUGGAAAGCUCGCCUUGCGCCUUUGGUCGGUUUUGUGGCCGCUUCCGCAACACCGCAACAGAUCUGAUCUCCAAACCUGAAAGCUAAUGCAGCCUGCUAUGUGCGUAAUGUGUCACAGCGAAGAUACACUGUAAAUAAAGGGACACGUCCAUCUGCAAUUGAGAGAGGAGAAAAGAAGACGUUGAUCAUGGCUCCACCAAAUUUAACGUUCAAAUGCUCGGCUGCGAUGGCGAAGCCUGCUUACUCUGUAAAAAUAAUUCUCUGGGUAUUUCUAAUCGCUAAUCUUCCUACAAGCUCUCUCCAAACUGAAAAUGACGAUGAUGAAGUGUCGAAUAAAACGUGGGUGUUGACUCCGAAAGUGUACGAAAGCGAUGUCACUCACAUCUUAAACAGCCUAUUACACGGCUAUGAUAACAAGCUGCGACCGGACAUAGGAGUCAAACCGACUGUAAUCCACACGGACAUGUUUGUUAACAGCAUUGGUCCGGUAAAUGCUAUUAAUAUGGAGUACACCAUCGACAUCUUCUUCGCGCAGACCUGGUACGACCGGCGGCUGAAGUUCAACAGCACCAUGAAGGUGCUCCGGCUCAACAGCAACAUGGUGGGCAAGAUCUGGAUCCCCGACACCUUCUUCCGCAACUCCAAGAAGGCCGACGCCCACUGGAUCACCACGCCCAAUCGCAUGCUGCGGAUCUGGAACGACGGCCGGAUACUCUACACGCUCCGGUUGACCAUCGACGCCGAGUGCCAGCUUAAACUGAACAACUUUCCCAUGGACGAACAUUCCUGUCCCCUGGAGUUCUCAAGCUAUGGUUACCCCAAAGAGGAGAUCAUCUACAGGUGGAAGCGAAGCUCGGUGGAGGUUGGGGACAUCCGCUCCUGGAGGCUGUACCAGUUCUCCUUCGUGGGCUUGAGGAACACCUCAGAGAUUGUGAAGACUGUGUCUGGAGACUACGUCGUGUUGACCGUCUACUUCGAUCUGAGCAGGAGGAUGGGUUACUUCACCAUACAGACCUACAUCCCCUGCACCCUCAUCGUGGUUCUGUCCUGGGUGUCCUUCUGGAUCAACAAGGAUGCAGUCCCUGCCAGAACAUCAUUAGGUAUCACCACUGUACUGACGAUGACCACGCUCAGCACCAUCGCCAGGAAGUCGCUCCCCAAGGUGUCCUACGUGACCGCCAUGGACCUCUUCGUGUCCGUCUGCUUCAUCUUCGUCUUCGCCGCCUUGAUCGAGUACGGGACGCUACACUACUUCGUUAGCAACAGAAAGCCGAGCAAAAACAAGGACAAGAAGAAGAAAAAUCCCCUCCUUCGGCUGUUUUCCUCAAAGACGCCCACGGUGGACAUCCGUCCGCGGUCGGCCACGGCGAUCCAGAUGAACAACGCCACGCACAUGCAGGAGCGGGACGAGGAGUACGGGUACGAGUGCCUGGACGGGAAGGACUGCACCAGCUUCUUCUGCUGCUUCGAAGACUGCCGGUCCGGGGCCUGGCGGCACGGGCGGCUACACAUCCGCGUGGCCAAAAUAGACUCCUACGCUCGCAUCUUCUUCCCCACCGCCUUCGGCCUCUUCAACCUGGUCUACUGGGUCUCCUAUCUCUACCUAUAUUAGUUGCUCUAAUGCUAUGGAGACUUCAUCACUCAAGAACUGAGACUCCGUAUUUCUAAGCUUCAUCAUCCCCGCAAGAGGCUUCCAAGGAUUCCUUGUGUGAUGUCACUUCCUGUUUGGAAAAAAAAAGAAAAAGAUCUGCUGAGUUCAAGAAAUUAAAACAACCUUUGGCAUCUGUCUGAGACAUCAUAGGGACAGAGCUCAUGACCAACUGCAUUUCCCAGAAUCCCUGUAAAAAGCUGUUGAUGGAACCAUUUUGAGACACAGUUGUCGGAGGUUAUUUGUUUAUUUAUUUAUUUUUGUUUGUCGGAAGUUUCCGGAAACAAACAGCACAAGUAUUCUGCCCUGUUCCGUUCGGUUCUGUUUGUCCUGCUCGCGUCAGCCAGUGUCAAAAACCGCUUCUUUGAGUGUCCUGUCUGAAAAAAAAAAAAAAAAAAAAAAAAAAAACUUG